UCUGUAGAGAAGCAGUUGCCUAUUAUCACUUUUGUUUAUGUUUUGUAAUAUUUUGUGAAGCUGUUGUUUUGACCUGUGGACUUUUUGAACUUGAGUUGGAUUUGUUUUGAUGGACCCCUGACAAUAUUUUCUUACAAGGAAGCAGUUUGUGGCAUCCCUGUGUCAUCCACACUGUUAUCAAUCCCUCAAUUAAUCUACACUGAGCAAAAUGGAAACUGAUGCUCUCCAAGGAAACUCUUCAUCGUCUCACAGCUCAGUGAACACUGAGUUCCUCUCACAGACUGGCUACACAGUACUGGCCAUUAUCAUGUGUGUAUUUUCUGUAGCAGGGAUCAUCCUCAAUGUCCUUGUGAUCGUGGUGACAGUGAAAUACAGACAGCUAAGGCAACCACUGAGCUACGCCCUGGUUAACCUGGCCAUAUGUGACCUGGGCUGUGCUGUGUUUGGAGGGCUGCCCACCACAGUAACCAGUGCCAUGGGAUACUUCAGCCUGGGACGUGUGGGCUGCGUGUUGGAGGGUUUUGCUGUUUCCUUUUUUGGUAUAGCGAGUCUGUGUACAAUAGGAGUUAUUUCUGUUGAACGCUACAUAGUAGUGUGUUAUCCCAUGGGUGCUGUCCUCUUCCAGACCAGACAUGCAGUGGCUGGAGUGGUGCUGUCCUGGGUGUGGUCUUUUGUGUGGAACACUCCACCUCUGUUUGGUUGGGGAAGUUAUGAGCUAGAGGGGGUAAAGACUUCAUGUGCCCCUAACUGGUACAGUCGUGAUGUUGGGAACAUGUCCUACAUCAUCAUAUACUUUUGCCUUUGCUUUGCUGUGCCCUUCUCCAUCAUCAUGGUGUCCUACUCACGACUAUUGUGGACCCUUCGUCAGGUAACCAAGCUGCAGGUGUCUGAGGCUGGCAGCACAAAUCGUGUUGAGGCGCAGGUGGCGCGUAUGGUAGUGGUGAUGGUGUUGGCCUUCCUAGUCACCUGGCUACCAUAUGCUGGCAUGGCCUUAGCUGUCAUCAUAGACUCCAGUCUAUAUAUUGACCCCGUUAUUGCUACCAUCCCUGUUUAUUUGGCUAAAAGCAGCACACUCUACAACCCCAUCAUAUAUGUUUUCAUGAACAGACAGUUUCGAGGAUAUGCUGUUCCUACUGUCCUGUGUGGAUGGAACCCGUGGGCCUCAGAUGCACAAAUGUCUGAGGGUGAGACCACUGUUGUCACUCUCAACAAGGGCCAAAAAGUCUCACCUAAAGAAUCUUUAAAAGAAUAAAAGUAUGUAUGAAUGAAUACUACAAAUUCUCCAAAAAAAAACAAACAAACAACACAUUGAAGCACAUGGGAAAAGGAAACAUUCAUCACAUGAGACACUGUUCUCUGUCAUGUUGGUGAUGAAUUUUUCUUUUUGAUCUCACUUUGAGGAUUAUAAGAUAAGAUUCAACCAAUUCAAUUCAAACUCAUUAAACCACAUAUGCUUUGCUAAAAUCAAUUAUAUGCAUCAACAUGUUCAUUCUGUUUAGGCACACUUUGUAAAUGUCUCUAUGGUGCAAGCAAUAUAAUCUUCCUUUCCUUAGGAAUUUUAGUCAGUGGCUGGAUUACUUGCGUUAGAACCCCAAUAAAAUCUGUAAUUGCAGAUGAAUUUUCUAAAUUCAAGCUUGAGUUAAAUAUAAAUAUAUAAGUUUGACAGAUCUUAAAAUUUUCUUUUCGUGUAAGUAAACAUUUGUUUUGUAUUGAUACAUAUUUAUCCCAAAGUUGAUGAGCAAAACAAGUCAAUAAAUUUCAAUUAGCAUUUGCAACAAACUGCUGAAGCCCUGUAACAUUGAAGAGGCAUAUAUAGUAUAGUAAUCUGUAUGUGGUUGAUGUUAUAAUCUGUCACACUUUCAAAGGAUUUAUGACAAGAAAAAAAAGUAGUUACAUCAUUUUUAUUUUUUUAUUAGGUGUACACAUCCCCUUUGCUUUUUAAGGUCUGUGCUCAAGCAUGGUACAAACCCAUCACACGCAAUCGGACCUUUGUCACCUUUAUAUGAUCUUUAUGGCUUUCAUUGAUAAAAAUCAAAAUUAUCAGUGUGUUAUACUCCUUUGCAACCUGAUACUUCACUCCAGCCGUUUGGAUCCAGCAUGUUAAACAGCAAAAAAAAUAAACCUGUCAUCAGUCUCACAGUUUGAUCAUUCACAGUCAUUUCCCCUCUCUAAAUAAACACAAAUGCAAUCAUACUCAUCCUAUUACCUUGGCUUUUUAUUGAUUACAGAAAUAUUGCUAUGACUUUCAUUAAAGAAAAGCAAAAAAAAAAAAAAAAA